CCCGGAAGUGUGCGAACAGCUUCGAGGCUUGGGGGGUCUCUACAGAAAAGCAGCCACCGCUCUCCACAGCCGCGUGGAGUCCAGGGCGGGGGUCCGUUAGGAGAGAAGAGGGAUGUCAUGGACCCUCGGAGACCAGUCCCUCAGCUUUUCCAGCAGCUUGAGAAACCUGGCCGAAUUCGCCGUCGCAAGACCAGGAGGGAGCGAAAUAAGGCCCUGGUGAGCAACCACAGGCCAUUGGCCCGUCAGGAUCCUCCCAUAUCCAGUCAGGAUCCAUGUGUGAUCCUCCAGGAUCCUGUGGCCUCUGCAGCCCCCAAGCUUGUUGUGAUAACUCAAGGCAGGUUGAGCCGGGAGCACCGGGGUCUCUUCAACCAUGAGGUGAAAUCCCUGGAUGUGGCCCGGCUGCUUAACAGAGAUGCCUUGGAAUCACAUACCCCUCUGCUACCAACCAAGCCCUCCUGCAGCCUAGUCAGAGUCCAAGAACCAGACCUUCAGUCAAAAGGCAAGGAGAACAAGGUACCAGGAGGCUCAGGCCCAGGCCCACCAAAUUCCCCAGAUCUUCCUGUGUUGGGGCAACUGCUGGAGGAGUUGCAGUACCAACUGAUUGUUCCACAAGCCUUUCCCAGGAGAAACCUAGUACAGGAGGCCAGAGACACCAUCAUAAGAACCUUACAGGGCCGCCAUGGCUGUGUGCCUGAUCUUGCCCUGGUGCUCCGAGGUUGCCAGCUACCCUUGCCUGAGGCCAAACCGAGGGUCCCCGAGAGACAGAGGACAGCACCUUCUUGCAUCGAAGUUCCUGAGCAUGCUCCACGGGAGGGGAGGCAAAGGACUCAGCAGGCAACAAAAGGGUGUGACCUUGCCAUACUUCAUACUUGCAGCAGCACCACCUCUGCACACAGGGGCGGCCAGGUGCAACCUCCAGGUCGCCAACUGCCAUUCCUGUCCUCAGCAUCUUCACCAUCUGGAGCAGCAUGGGGUCCCCCAACAGCUUUUGAUAUGCUGAAAAGCAUCUGGCUCAUAGCCACACCUCCCCCGUCCCAGCCCUGGGAUGUCCGCCCACCUCAGCCUCUACCUCAGCCACCAUCACCCUUGUUACCCAGAACGUCUGCCUUGGACUGGAGCCCCAACCCUCCUGCCCCACUGCCCAGUCUCUCCUGGGUAGUGACUCAGAGCAGUCCAGAGGCCUGGUCCUUCCCCCCAAUGAGACUAUACUGAGGAGACUAAGUCGGGCUGGGGGCAGCUAUCCCACACUCCUGUCACCUCAAUAAAACACCUUCUUUGU